AUGACGAAGGGCACCUCGAGCUUUGGCAAGCGCCACAACAAGACCCACGGUCUCUGCCGACGCUGCGGCCGCCGGUCUCUCCAUAACCAGAAGAAGGUCUGCGCUUCGUGCGGCUACCCUGCUGCUAAGACCCGCAAGUACAACUGGUCCGAGAAGGCGAAGCGCAGAAAGGUUACGGGCACUGGUCGGAUGCGUUACCUCAGCACCGUCCCGCGGCGGUUCAAGAAUGGUUUCCGGACUGGUGUUCCCAAGGGCGCCCGGGGUCCUGCGGUUUCUACUUCAUCGUAA